AGAUGUUUGGUAAAUCGUGCCGCGGUCUGUUCGGCGUAGCGGAAAAUCUGCGGAAUGUAAGAGAUUGGCAUCCCCAAAAUAUCUUACAAAAUUAAAAGCCUUUUUCGGAAAUAAAAUAUUUAUUAUCCUUAAGUUCUGUCAAAGCCAUUAUCAUUGUGGAAUGCCUUGCCACACUUUCUACAUUUGAAAAUAAAUGUUUAAUUUUAAUAUUUUUACUCGACGGAAAGAAAUUUAAUGAAGAUUAAGAAUGAGAAUAAUAAAUUGGAACGAGAAAAACCCUAAUAAAUUAAGAAUAUUGUAAAAAUUAAAUUGAUAAUAAAAUUAGUUAUAAAUAAGAAAUAAAUACACCUAAAUUGUUUUUAGUGAUGUAUGCAACUCUGCUAGUUGCUUAACUGGGAAUUUCUGCUAUAGAAGAAGCAUAGUCGGCAGAUAUUAACUUUCUUGUUUAUUUUUUUGAUUGGUUAAAAAUAAAAUAAUUGAUUAAAAAUGCCAGCAAAUACAGAAGUAAGUAAUAAAUGUGCAUCUGAGGGAAACUCUCCUUCGAAAAUUAUCGAAGAAACAACUGAAGUAAAAAUUGACAAUGCUACCGACGAACCUGUGGAGAAACAAAUAAAAGUGGAAAUGACGGCGCCAAGUUAUAAUUUAGCGAAAUUCAAGCUGACGCGGAUUUUACAAAAUAAUACUCUCCGAAAAACGAUAGCGUUGCUGGGUACAUUUCCUGAGAUGUCUGUGGAUGAUGUUGCUGUUCUGCUGCUUGAGAAACAAGCUUUCAAAGAGCGCGAUGUUCAAACUGAGCUUGAUGAAACUUCAGAAAAUGUUCCUCGGAUAUUCAGUGAUUCUCUACAAGUGUGUAUGGAAUUCAUUAAUAAUAUUUAUGGCAGUUUCCAAUGCGUACCCAGUUCGGAAUUAAAUAAUAUUAAAACGACUGUGGUUUAUCCUGCCACUGAAAAGCAUAUUGAAAAGUAUUCCAUAUCGCAAAAAUAUCUAAUUAGUGAAACUCCAGCUUUAUAUCAGACACUGACUUUGCCUUAUUUAACUGACAGUCAUUUCAGUCUCGAUUGGGUAUAUAACAUACUAGAACAUCGUCAAGAAACCGAUCGCAUAAUUUAUGAAGAUUCUGAUCCUGAAAAGGGUUUCGUACUCGUACCCGAUUUAAAAUGGGAUGGCAAAACUUUGGAAACACUCUAUCUGCUUGCCAUUGUCCAUAAGCAUGAUAUUAAGUCUUUACGUGAUCUUGAUCAUACUCAUUUACCACUUUUACACAACUUGCGUGAUGGGAUUGCUGACGCUGUAGAGGAGCGUUACGGUUUAUGUGCUUCACAAUUGCGCAUGUAUUUUCAUUAUCAACCAUCUUUCUAUCACCUGCAUUUACAUAUAAAUCCAGUGCGUGGUGAUGCACCAGGAAUUUGGUGUGAAAAAUCGCAUAUGUUGGAUACGGUCAUUAGCAAUAUAGAAUUAAUGCCAGACUAUUACCAACGUGUCACAUUACCAUUUGUUUUGUUCGAGGGAAGUAAGCUGCUGGAUGAAUAUGAAGCGAAAGAAGCUGUACAAAAACGUGGGAAGGCAGUGGCUGACGGUAAGCAACUAGAUGAAAAAUUACAUAAUAAAAGCCGAAAGUCCAAUUCAAUUGAGUCUCCACAAGCUAAAAAAGUGAAACUUGAAAUUUCACAAGCAGAAGUAGAGGAACCGUCUAUAAAGAUGUUGAAAGAAACAAGAGACUCAGAUCAGCCACCAAAAAUUAUAGUGGUUUCAGCAGAAUAAGUUGCGAUCUCGAAUUUACUUAACAAAAAGUAAUGCGUUUGUUUACCUUCAAUUAUUUCCAAAAUAAAAGAAAUAUAUUUGGCCAAGACACAUUUUAGCUUCCGCAUAGUAUUCAUGCCAUUAUUGUCAAUGGUGCUAAGAUAGUGUGUAAUUAAAAAACUUCAUAAACAAACAAAUAUUCAAUAACCACAAAUAAAUGGAGAGUACUCAAAGUCA